AUGAACAUGCACUUACCUGCUUGCAACGGCAAUAAGGUCGAUGGGAAUGCCCAAUUUGACUUCUCUGCAAGUGGUCGAGUAACAGAUGGGGUUUUUAUGGAGAAUUCCCUCUUAUUUCUCAAGGGUUUUGAGGAUCAGAUUGAUCUUUUAGUUUUGGCCUGGACUUUAUUCCUGUACCGAGAUAAUGGUCUCAGCGAUGAUGGAGAAUUCUCAUGGAGUCUGAAGGUCGCACCAACCGAUGAGAAUUCGAUUCUAAAAGGUUUCUCAAGCAAUAUCAAUGAAAUCGUUUUGGCGGAGAGCGACCCCGUAACGAAAGCACUUGCCUCCAUUCGCGCCAGACGGACCACUACCUCAAAUAACGAACAUACGCAACCAUCCACCUACUCCAUUUUGUUCACAAUUACCACUCAAACAGAGAAUGGCAGUGAAGAUUUGCCAUUUUACGUCGAAGCACUAGCAUCGAAUCCGAAAUUAUUGAUGAAGCAACACGGCCAACAUGCCACGCUAUCCUUGCAUGCUGUUCACAUCCAGUGCUCCGGAUUCAUGGAUAUUCUCGACUCAAUCCUCAAAAACACAGACCAGACAAUCAGGCAGGCCAUGCAGCUUGGUGACCGCGAAUUGCAGCAAUUGUGGAAAUGGAAUGCAUCUGUCCCUCAAACACUUGACGACUGUAUCCAUGAUAUUUUUGUGCAAAAGGCGCGAAGGGAUCCUAGUCGUCAGGCCGUUGUUUCGUGGGAUGGCGAAUUGUCUUACGGAGAAGUUGAUCAGUUUUCGACGCUGCUGGCAAUUCAUCUCAUUAAACUAGGUGUCAAAUUUGGAAACCAUGUCUUACUUUGUUUCGAAAAGUCAAUGUGGACUGUUGUUGCAGUGCUCGCCGUUAUGAAGUCAGGCGGCACAUUGGUGCUCACAGACCCGAGUCAACCUGAGGCGCGAUUGCAGACAAUAGCGACAGAAGUGGGUGCGAAUCUGAUGCUAACUUCGGAACGGCAGGAGGAGUUGGGAAAGAGAAUUUUAGCUGGAGGCGUGAUUGUGGUUAAUCGUGAUUUUUUCCAACAAAUCCAGACGUCAGUACUGCCGCCAGCUUCUGCAACCGACCUACCAUCUGUUCCUGGGUCUUCUCCCCUAUAUACCAUUUUCACAUCAGGAAGUACAGGAAAACCAAAGGGUGUGGUAAUAUCACACGCGAAUUAUACUAGCGGCGCUUUGCCGAGAGCUGAAGCUGUAGGCUAUGGUCCACACUCACGGGUACUCGACUUUCCAUCUUACGCUUUCGAUGUCAGUAUUGAUUGCAUGUUAUGCACUCUCGCCCAUGGAGGGUGUGUCUGUGUGCCAUCCGAAGACGAUCGAGUGAACAAUCUUAGUGGCGCAAUAAGAAACAUGAAAGUCAACAUGGCUCAUAUGACACCGUCCGUUGCAAGGGUCCUCGGAGAAGAUACUUUGUCUUCUCUUGAGGUUCUAGGUCUUGGGGGAGAAUCCGUUUCCGUCCGAGAUGCGGCAAACUGGGGCAAAUUGACAAAGGUUAUUAUUGCCUACGGGCCGUCAGAGUGCACGGUUGGCUGUACAAUUAACAAUGAAAUCGCACUUGAUCGAGCAUAUACUAGCAUCGGGAAGGGUGUUGGUGGUGUUACAUGGGUGGUGGACCCAACUGACCAUAAUCGUCUGAUGCCUAUCGGAGCAAUUGGCGAGCUUAUUAUAGAGGGUCCGAUUGUGGGGCGGGGGUACCUUAACGACCCCGAACGGACUUCAUCUGUAUUCAUUGAAGACCCAAUGUGGCUGCUUUCCGGUUGCCAAGGAUACCCUGGAAGACAUGGACGUUUCUAUAAAACGGGAGAUCUAGUCAAAUAUGAUCCAGAUGGCUCGGGCUCAAUAGUUUUUGUGGGCAGAGGCGACCAGCAAGUAAAGCUCAGAGGGCAGCGAGUAGAGCUCGGAGAGGUGGAACACCACUUACGGACCAGGCUACCAGCUGGAAACGUCGUUGCUGCGGAGGUUAUCACACCAGGAGGGAAAGGGGAUCAGCCAACCUUGGUCGCCUUUAUCGCAGAGAAAACCACCACGAAAUCCCAGACAAAUAAAGAAAUAGCGACCUUCUCCACGGAGCUCCGUCAUUCCCUAGAAGUGAUGGAUAAGGCGCUUGGGAGUGUGCUUCCUCGGUAUAUGGUGCCAGCAGCAUAUAUACCUCUGCUUGAAAUGCCAUUACUCGUAUCGUGUAAAGUAGACCGCAAGAAGCUACGCAGUCUUGGGUCUGCCAUGUCAAGAAAAGAGCUUAUUAGGCAUAAGACUUUCUCAUCACAGAAGGAGCCGCAGUCAGAGAGGGAGCGACAAUUGGCACAUCUCUGGAAAGGUCUAUUCGGCGCUGAAGCGGAGAUUGAUGUACAGAGCAAUUUCUUCGACUUAGGAGGAGAUUCUCUCAUGGCAAUGAAACUGGUGGCCGCUGCACGCGCGGAGAACCUUCUUACCAGCGUAGCUGAUAUAUUCCGGCAUCCAACCUUAGCAGAACUGGCUAUAACCCUGAAGCAUUCUGAUUCCGAAGCAGAAAUCGAUGUGCCGCCAUUUUCCCUCUUGGAUUCACACUGGAAAGAGAACAAUGCACGCAUCGAAACGGCAAAACUCUGCGGAAUUGACGCAACAUCGGUCAUGGAUGUCUACCCUUGUACGCCAUUGCAAGAAGGCUUGAUGGCCCUUUCUGCCAAAGUCAGCGAAGCGUAUGUUGCUCAGCGAGUUGUCGAACUAGCAAAUUCCCAAACAGCGCAGCGGCUCCAAAGGGCGUUCGAAACUGCAGCUGCAGACUCCCCAAUAUUACGCACACGCAUAGUGCAGGUUCCCGGCCAUGGUCUCAUGCAAGUUGUUUUGAAAGAUGGGAUCACAUGGCGUGCAGGCACGACCCUAGAAGAGUACUUGGUUAAAGACCGGAAUGAAUCAAUGGGAUUAGGCACACCGCUCGCGCGUUUUGCAGUUACUUCAAAUGAGACAACAGGCAAAGUCCAUUUUGUCUUGACAAUACAUCAUGCUUUGUAUGAUGGUUGGUCUAUGCCAUUGGUAGUGCGGCGCGUUAAUAGGGCGUUUAACAACCAGGAAUCAGAAAGAUCAGUCGCUUUCAACUCCUUUAUUAAACACCUCAGCGGCCUCAACCAUAAAGAUUCCGAGAUAUACUGGAAGGAACAACUGCAAGGAGCGAACGGUUUGCAGUUCCCAGCUCUCCCGCGGGCUGGAUAUCAAACACAGGCUCAAUCGCUAUUGGAACAAUACUUCCCGCUAGGGAAGACAUCGGCAUCAUGUACCAGCAUUGCGACCUCUAUCAGAGCGGCCUGGGCUUUGGUUGUAGGAAAAUAUACCUUAUCCGAUGAUGUCGUGUUUGGGGAAACUCUUACAGGGAGAAAUGCACCUGUUGUAGGUAUUGAAAAAAUUGAAGGGCCCAUGAUUACCACCGUCCCCGUGCGGGUACGGUUUGACCGAAAUACACGGGUUAGCGAGUAUCUACGAAGAAUCCACGAUGGCAGUAUACUUCGUAUCCCCCAUGAACACAUGGGACUGCAGCAUAUCAGACGCCUGAGCCCUGACGCGCGCGAAGCUUGCGAGUUGAGGACCGGCAUUGUCAUUCACCCAACCACAACGGAGGAUGGCACGAACCUGACGGGAGAUGGACCAGCCAAUGGUUUUGUCCCAGCCGGAGAUGAGGACGCUGCCCGCGAGGCAUUGAAAUUCAACACAUAUGCUCUUAUGUUGGUUUGCUCGUUGGAUCCCAAAGGUUUCCUGGUCAUGGCCAGCUUUGAUUCGGCCACAAUCGACGUCUGUCAAAUGGAUAAGGUGUUGGGGCAAUUCGGACAAACCGUACAACAACUAUGUGAAAAUGGGAAUGCCCUUGUCAGCGAUUUGCUACCAAUGACAGACGAAGAGCUAGCUGAGAUAUGGCGUUUCAGCAAUACCUACAAACCAAAUAGUGGAGAUGAGGUAGUCUUGGGUCAUGACUAUUCAGAUGCAACUGCAACUUGGAUAGUUGCUCCUGAAGAUUCGGAACAGUUAGUCCCGCUUGGGGGAAUAGGAGAGCUCGUCAUCGAAGGGGAUUUCCCAACAAACACUUCCAUUCAAAUCGGCGGUACCAAAUGGCUUUCUGCUGGUCAUCGGGAUAUUCCAGGAAGGCAAGCAACCCUUCAUAAAACAGGCCAGUUAGCCAAGUACAACAGUGAUGGUUCGUUAGUGAUCCUAGGGGGAAAAGGCAGAAAUAUCAAAUCUGACAUGGAAAUUAAGAAACCGGAAGCCAAAAGUCGGUCACAAGUGACAACUCCCAAACAACAGAAAUUACGAAAACUCUGGGCCCGCGUCCUUGGGAUUAGUGAGGACGAGGUUGGCUCUAAUGACAGUUUCUUUGACCUCGGCGGCGACUCUAUUAGCGCUAUGAAAUUGGUGUCAGAGGGAAGAAUGGAAAAUCUCGAACUGGUAGUUAUGCAGGUCUUCCAGCAUCGUCGUUUUCACGAUAUGGCGGAUAUUGCGAAGGAGUCGCUACCUCUCCAAGUAGCUACGAAACAAUAUAGUCCAUUUUCAACUCUUGACGUCUCAGAUGUUGAUACCUUUAUUUCUGAAUCUAUCCACCCCUCGCUUAUGAACCCAAGCUGGAAAGUAGUAGACGUCCUGCCUGCACGUCCUCUCCAGGAGAUCGCCGUGGAUGGGACAAUCAACCUUCCCCGAUAUUCUGCACGGUACGAAUUAUUCUACUUGGAUGCAGCUGUCGACCAGUCGCACCUAUUCAAAAGCUGUCAGGAACUCAUAUCUCGCAACGAGAUCCUACGGACGAUUUUCGUCAAGUCCGGCGGUUCUUGUUUCGGCGUUGUGAUAGAGGAACUACAACUUCCCCUAGAUGAAUACCAAAUAGACGGCGACCUGACAGCUUUUGCGGAGCAGCUUUGUGGUCUUGAUAUCCAGACGGUGAUGCCACUUGGAUCCCCUUUCAUAAAGUUCUUCUUUGUCCAGAGUUCUAGUGGACUGAGUUGCCUGAUUAUGCGUAUUUCCCAUGCUCAAUAUGACGAAAUCUGCCUCCCCAUUUUACUUCGUCAGCUUUCCGCUUUAUACGAGGGCGAGCUGGUUCCUGCAGGCUUACCUUUCUCGUCAUUUGUCCACCACAUCGUCAGAAACAACAUCCCACAAAGCAUAGAAUACUGGCGACGCCUGCUCCAGGGUUCCUCUAUGUCAGUUCUGCGCCCAUCAACGCCGUUAAUCAGCAAAAAGUCGAUUUUUAUAUCCAAAACGUUUGACAUCUCAUCACGUUCGAAAGAAAUCACGCUUGCCACUCUCCCUACAGCAGCAUGGGCACUAUGCUUGGCUCGCCGUUUGUCCCUACGUGACGUCACAUUCGGAGAAGUUGUCAGUGGUCGCAACAUCGAUUUCGCCAAUUGUGACACGGUCGUCGGACCAACUUGGCAGUACAUUCCAGUAAGAGUCAAGUUCAAAUCUGGUUGGACGGUAGUCGACCUGCUCAACUUUGUUCAACACCAGCACAUCUCAAGCACGCCGUUCGAAGGCAUAGGGCUUAAGGAAAUUGUUCGGAAAUGUACAGACUGGCCCGAGACGACGGAAUGGUUUGACUCUGUCGUACAUCAAGACGUUGAGCAUGUGGAGAGCCUACGUUUUUUGUCAGCCAAUAGCCGGAUGGAUACUAUUUACCCACACCUGGAGCCUCUUCGUGAGUGGAAAAUACAGGCUUUCCCGAAAGGGGACAGCUUAUGUAUCGAGAUCGUCACAUUUGAGUCCUGGAGAGCAGAGGCCGAUUCUAUCCUCAACGAAAUGGGUGACAUUAUCUCGCUGCUGGUGACCAAACCAAAUUCAACACUGUUUCGGGCAGACGUGAUGGAAGAGAGCACUCCACCUACGAGCUGA